AUGUACCAUGACGCUUUAACUCUUAUUAAUUCACUUUUAAGAGAAUUAAAACGUUUGGAUGAUAAAAUGGUGUUGGUGGAAGUCCAGCUUUUGGAGAGUAGAGUUUGCCAUGCAUUACGAAAUUUACCAAAGUCCAGGGCUGCCCUUACAUCAGCUAGAACGUCAGCGAACGCUAUUUAUUGUCCACCUCUUCUUCAAGCUGCACUUGAUAUGCAGUCUGGAAUUUUGCACGCUGAGGAUAAAGACUAUAAAACCGCAGCUAUUCUCGCUUUGAAAUAUAUGUUGCUUUGUAAAAUCAUGUUGAAUCUGUCGGAUGACGUUUAUGCCAUUAUCAAUGGUAAACUCGCUUUACGUUACGCUGGACGUGAAGUUGAUGCUAUGAAAGCUGUAGCAACGGCUCAUAAAAAUCGUUCACUCAACGAAUUUGAAAAUGCGUUAGCAACUUAUAAAGAUGAAUUGGGAAAUGAUCCAAUCAUUCGAUCACAUCUUGCUGCACUUUAUGACACUUUGCUCGAACAAAAUUUAGUACGUAUAAUAGAACCAUUCUCAAGGGUCGAAAUUUCACAUGUUGCAGAAAUGGUCAAAUUGCCAACUCCGCAAGUAGAGACAAAAUUAUCUCAAAUGAUAUUGGAUAAAGUUUUUCAUGGAAUCCUGGAUCAAGGCGCCGGAUGCUUAAUUGUUUUUGAUGAACCAUCUCAAGAUUUAACAUAUGAAGCCACAUUGGAAACGUUGAAACAAAUGGGAAAUGUUGUUGAAUCAUUAUAUGAGAAGGCUGCAAAAUUAUCCUAA